GAAUAUUAUAUGAAUAUUAUUAAAUAUUAAAAUAACAUUCCUAUAAUAUUGUAAGAAUAUAAUGUGAUAUUAAAUAAUGUUACUAGAAUAUUAUUAGAACAUUACGUCUAAUAUUCUCAGAAUAUGUCCGGAAUACCACUUGAUAUUAAACAAUAUUACACGCUUACGCUUUUUUAUAUCUGCGAGACAGAGCCGUCCGCCGGACGCAGGCGCGUCGUCCUCGCCGUCGCUACCCUUGCACGGAACACGCUGUCAUUGCCGAAGUGCCUCGGCGAAGUAAGGCCCGCGUUCAGGACUGACACUUGCCGGAGGCACGCUGACGCCGACGGUGGUGGACUGCGGUGGCGAGCUAUCGAUUAUCCGUUAAUUUAUUCAUGCCGCGACGAGUGGUGGACGACUACAACGCCGCACUGGCCGGUCGAUUCGGACUUCGCCGUGGCGGCUAGCCGCCGCGUUACGCGCCUCGCUAUAGUCGGCUGAAGAGCCUCGCUCCUAGUUGUCGUCGUCCUCGUCGUCCUCGGACCCACUCGCAUGACCGCCAUCGGCCGCGUCCCUCAUGUCGGACGUCGAGGAGGAUUCGGCCGAGAAACGGCUGAAAAUCGUGCUCGUGGGUGACUCCAGCGCCGGCAAAACCAGCAUCGUCCAGAAGUUUUGCAACAACGACUUUGCCCGUCAGUACGUCCCCACCGCCGGCAUCGACUUCUUCCUCAAGAACCUGAGCAUCGGUUGCUACAAGAAUGUCAAUCUGCAUCUGUGGGACGUCGGCGGGCUCGCUCUGCACGGCAACAUGCUGGACAAAUAUGUCUUCGGGGCGCACAUUAUCCUUCUGGUGUACGACGUCACCAACAGCUCAAGUUUCGAAAUCUUGGAGGAAUGGCUCGGUCAGAUCAGGAAUUUCAUCGACACUUACGAGGAACCGCCUCUAAUAGCGGUGGUGGGUAACAAGUGCGACAUGGAGCAUCAGAGGACGGUCAAACGCGAUAGGUCACAUCGAUUCGCCGCGGAGAACGGAUUCCCGUAUCACGAUAUGUCCGCGAGAACCGGAGAAUCGGUAUCGCUGUGCAUCGCGAGUCUGGCGGCGCAGGUCUUGGGUGUCCGACUGACGAGAACGGAUCAAGACUUCCACAAACCCAUCAUCAUCGCCGAGAUCGGAGACACGGUGGACAUGACCGCGAUGCAGAGAGUCGUCAAAAGGAUCCCCAACAAGAAACAUCAUCCGAUCGCCUUCAAUCCCCAUUUUCCAUCGUCGAAGUCCGCGGUGUGCGCGUUGCAAUGAGAGAGCUCGUCGUGCACCAGAUUCUUCUCGCGUAAAUCUCGUCGACGGAAGCAAUCGAGGUCUGAGAGGGAUGUGACAAUAUAGUCGUUGAACUGAGCAAGACACAGUUAAUCUCAGCGCAGGUCGAAAGAAUUGACCUCUCGUUUUCGGCAGUCGGAAACGAUUAUUGCUUUCGGUAAUACGAGUGAUUUCGUCUGCUUCUGUUGGCCGUGUGCGGCGUGUGUAAACAAAGAAUUAUCAUCUCGUUUUAAUACGUAAAUAUUAGUUAUUCCACCCGGAAAAAAUGAUUAUAUAUAAUUAUAUAAAAUCAUAUAUACAUAUACACAACACACA